UAAUAGUCAUAUGAUAGGCUCGGACUCAAGUAAAAGAGGGCUGACAGGAACGAUCGAUUUUGUCGAUUUGCAACACAUUUCACCCAGAUUUUCGAAAGGUAGUCGAUUUACAGGGUCGGCAAGAUGCUUGGCUCGUUCUUCAAUAUUGACGGAGGCUACCUAGAGGGGCUAUGUCGUGGCUUCAAGUGCGGAAUCCUGAAACAGGCUGACUACUUGAACCUCGUCCAGUGCGAGACCCUCGAAGAUUUGAAGCUGCACUUGCAAGGCACAGAUUAUGGUAACUUCCUUGCAAACGAACCAAGCCCGUUGGCUGUUUCUGUCAUUGACGACAAGCUGAGGGAAAAAUUGGUCAUCGAGUUCCAGCACAUGAGGAACCACGCUGUUGAGCCUCUGUCCACAUUCCUUGACUUCAUCACGUACAGCUACAUGAUUGACAACAUCAUUCUGCUCAUUACCGGAACUCUGCACCAGCGCCCUAUUUCUGAGCUUAUACCCAAAUGUCACCCCUUGGGCAGCUUCGAGCAGAUGGAGGCCAUUCACGUCGCAGCCACGCCUGCUGAGCUGUACAACGCCGUCCUUGUGGACACACCCCUUGCUCCAUUUUUCGUUGAUUGCAUCAGUGAACAGGACUUGGAUGAGAUGAACAUUGAAAUUAUCCGAAACACUCUUUACAAGGCCUAUUUGGAGGCGUUCUUUGCCUUCUGCAAGGAUCUAGGUGGCACUACUGCUGAGAGCAUGUGCGAAAUCCUGGCCUUUGAGGCCGACAGGCGUGCCAUCAUUAUCACCAUCAACUCGUUUGGCACUGAGCUGACAAAGGAUGACCGCGUCAAACUGUAUCCCAAAGUGGGAAAGCUGUAUCCUGACGGCUUGGCUGCCCUGGCUAGGGCCGAUGACUACGAGCAGGUUAAGGCGGUGGCCGAGUACUAUGCAGAGUAUCGUGCGCUAUUUGAAGGUGCUGGAAACAACCCUGGAGAGAAGACUCUUGAGGACAAAUUCUUUGAGCAUGAGGUGCGUCUGAAUGUGAACGCGUUCUUGCAACAGUUCCACUUUGGCGUUUUCUAUUCGUACUUGAAGCUGAAGGAGCAGGAGUGCCGAAACGUGGUCUGGAUUGCCGAGUGUGUGGCACAGAAGCACCGCACAAAGAUUGACAACUAUAUCCCCAUCUUCUAAAGCCAGAACUCGACUCUUGGAUGUAAAUCAAUCAAGUCCUUCGUGCAAAUUUAAUGUUGUUUUAAAUUAUGCAAAGCCUUCGGCGCUAUAUCUGAACAAAUAUUCCAGUUCUUUCAUUCCGACUGCUAGAUACAGUUAGAAUUUGGUUAUUUCUGUUGAACAAUGUGAUAAACAUUUUACUUUCUCAAUAGUUUCCCUCUUUGCAUGUUGAUGAAAUGCAAAAUUAUUUUUCUGUUAAAAAUGUAUUUGUAAAUUUCAUUGUAAAUUAAUUAUUGAUUUUAGUUGUUGUUAAACCAGUAUUUAAAACCUACUGCCAGGUCAUGUAGAUUUGAAUGAAAUGUUGUCAAUAAUAAUUAUAUAUAAAAAAAAACUAAAACCUAUACAGAUGAGAAACUGUAAAUAUUUCUAGCCAAAGGUGUUGGAAUUCAUGUUCAACAAAUAAAUUAUAAAUACUGCGCAGCUAUAAA